AUGGCGGAAAACAAGAUGGAAGGAAUAAAGAUGGCCGAAAACAAGGUGGUGGAAUCAAAGAUGGAGGGAACCAACAUGGCGGAAUCCAAGAUGGAGGAAUCCAAGAUGGAGGGAAUUAAGAUGGCAGAUUCCAAGAUGGUGGAGGCCAGGAUGGCUGAUUCAAAAAUGGCGGAUUCCAAGAUGGCAGGUGCCGCUGCGGAAGCGGCUGCGGGGGCGACGCGCGGUGCUGACGUCAUUGUUGGUGUGCCAAGCUUGGGCCCGGGCACCGGGGAAGCAUGGCUGUGGCGUCGGCGUCCUGCGGGCGGCCCCGGGCGCGGGAGGCCUGGCAGCGGCCGCAGGCAGGGGCGACAGCACAAAGCUCACCGCGCCCGGCCGGGCCCCACGGUGAACCCCCGUGACCCCGUGGUCACGACCCUGCAUGGCCGUGCCCCGGAUGUCCUCCCUUCCCAUCCUGCGGCUUCCCCCGAUGGUGACCCGGGGACCUUUGACCCGCGACCCCCGGCCCCGCCCGCCGUGACCCCGCCCCGUGGCGUCUGGAACGAGCUGGACACGGGCGUGGAGCUGACCCCGGCGGCGCCCGACACGCGUGGAACGGACACGAGUGGAUCUGACUCUGGCACGAUGGACACGCUUGGAAAUGUCACGCGUGGAUCUGAAACUCACACGAUGGUCACACGUCCCAGGCCUGGCCCCCUGUGGCCCUGCACUGGCGUCUGCCUGACGGGACCCACGCGAGACCCGUGCAUGCGCACACGCACCCUCGACUCAGUGACGUCUACGUCCUCCCCAAUGGCACGCUGGUGCUGCGCCGCCUGCAGGCCCCGCGCCAUGCCGGUGAGUACGAGUGCGUGGCCGCCAACGCGCUGAGCAGCGCGAGACGCACUGUGCACGUCGAAGUCACGCCCGCGCCCGCGCGUCUCCCCCCCAGCGUCCGACCCCGAGGCCCGCUCGCCACGCGCGUGCCCCACGGCGCUGACCUC